CUCUCGCAAAUCAUUUUGUCAGCAAGCUCUGACAAGCGAGGAGUGGGGAGUGUGUUACAAGAGGGAGCUCAUAAAACGACUGCUUUACCAAAGAGAAGCAGGCUCUGAAGGACUGUUUUUUUCACACUCAAUACUGCAAUCAAAACGUGGACAGACGAGAGAGUGGACCUCACUUAUCACUGCUUCUGGGAUUCGCCUGGCUCUUUGUUUACUUCAUCUGUCACUCGUGUUUUGGUUAAGUUUGACUUUCCUGAAACAUUACAUCAUCAGAAGCAAAACGUCAGGGUAUUUUUUUCUUUUCUUUCAUCCAAGGGAUCUGUUUUCCUUUCAUUUCCUUUCUGUUCUGUGUAAAUGGAUUGUUUGGCUUGUUUGGAGAGGGAAAUGAGACUUUAAAGAAGCAUGCUAAGCAUGUAAAAUAACACCGUUAGGUAUUUUUAUUGAUCAACCGUGAAGCCUUUACUCUGUUAACGUUUGUUCUGAGUUGCUUACAGGUUGCCAGGGCAACUCUGUAAAAAAAAAAAAAAAAAGCUAGAGACCGAGCGAAUCGUCAUUAAUUUUAGUAGAUUUUUUUUCAGAAAAUCUGUAAAUCAGGCUAGCAGAGAAAAGCAUUUGAGGUAAUCUGUUAAUCUGAGCGAGCAACACCUUUAAAAAAGCUGCUUUUUAUGAACUAUUUAGGUUUUUUAACUUUUAAACCAAGCAAAUCGUCAUUACUUUUGGUUUUAAAUCAGCAUUUUUGUCCAGAAAAUCAGACUAGCAGAGAGAAGCUUGUUUUUAAAAGCAAGCUUUUGAGGAAAUCUGUUAAUCUGAGCUAGCAAUGCUGUAAAAAUCAGCUUUUUAAGAACUCUUAAGGCUUUGUUUUACUUUCAAACCAAGCAAAUGGUCAUCACUUUUAGUUGAUUAUCAGCAUUUUUCCAGAAAGUCAGGCUAGUAGAGAAGCUUGUUUUUUAACAAGAGGAAAUCUGUAAAAAAACGGACACUGUUAUUGUUAUUUGUCAUGUUACACGAUGCUUCAGGAUGACGUCUGUUCUGGCGAACUUAUAAAACAGGACUUCUUUAGAUUUCAAUGAGAUGACAAAAACAUCAGGUUAAACCCAUGAGAAGUGAAUUACUAAUCAGGAAAGAGGAAAAGUUAGCGAGCGAACACACUUACAGACGUGUCAUUGUGCGUCUCUGUGUUUUCACAACUAUCCAAACCUCAAAGUAGGUGGAAAAACAGGCCGUGUAGACGCAUGCUCUCGAAUAACGAUUCCUUUGUGCCACUGCCAGCAGUGAUACGUAUGAGGUGGAUUCAUAUUUAUGUAUAGUUUUAGCCCAUAUCUGUGUUUGUAUUCAUAUAAGGGGUUGCCUAAUAAUUGCUUCUAAGCUAGUUUGUGUGGGCGACGGUUUGCUCCAUUGCGCUGUCUGGAUGGAGGUCUUAGGAAAUUCCCAUAUUGACGGACAUCAUCUGUUCCGCUGACUCCAUUAUUCAAGGUGUUUUCCAGACCCCUCAACAGGUAGCAUCACCUCUAUAAUCAGAAGCUUUCAGAUCCAAACACUUUCCAUUUUAAUUUUCCCUGCUUGCUGGACAGUUUGGUCUCAGAUUUGAGCAGUAUGAGGUUGGUUUGCUUGGUGCUGACCGCCCUGUGUUUGGUCACGGGAACGGGCAGCAUGUCCACCUGCAAGACUCUGGACUUGGAGGUGGUGAGGAAGAAGCGGAUUGAGGCUAUUCGGGGUCAGAUCCUCAGUAAAUUGCGCAUGGCUAAAGAGCCUGAAUCCGGGGCGGACGAGGACGGACAGAAGAUCCCGGAUUCCUUGCUUUCUUUAUACAACAGCACUGUCGAACUGAGCGAAGAAAUGAAGACGAAGCUCGUCCCCGUGCAGGAUGAAGAUGAGGACUACUUCGGCAAGGAGGUGCACAAGUUCAUCAUCCAGCAAGCUCAGAAUAACACCAAGCAUCAGAUGUAUUUCAACGUGUCCGAGAUGAAGCGCAGUAUUCCAGACCACCGGCUGCUGUCUCAAGCCGAGUUGCGUCUUCGGAUCAAGAAUCCCACCAUGGACCAGGAGCAGAGGCUGGAGCUGUAUCGCGGAGUGGGGGAUCAGGCUCGAUAUUUGGGAACUCGCUUUGUCUCCAAGGACUUGUCCAAUCGCUGGCUCUCAUUUGACGUGAAACAGACAAUGAUAGAAUGGCUGCAGGGUUCAGAAGAUGAAGAAACCUUGGAGUUAAGGUUAUACUGCGGCUGUAAGGCAAACCAGCAGAGCACAGAUAAGUUCCUCUUCACUAUAUCAGGGCUAGACAAGCAGAGGGGGGACACUGCUGGUCUGGCCGAUAUGAUGGUGAAGCCUUAUAUUUUGGCUUUAUCUUUGCCUUCAAAUGGCAACUCUCUUGCAUCCGUUCGCAAGAAACGAGCUGUUGGCACCGAUGAAACUUGUGAUGAAAAAACGGAGACCUGCUGUAUGCGGAAGCUUUACAUUGACUUUCGGAAAGAUCUGGGUUGGAAGUGGAUCCACAAGCCCAAGGGGUACUUUGCCAACUACUGCAUGGGGUCCUGUACCUACAUCUGGAAUGCUGAGAACAAAUACUCUCAGAUAUUAGCCUUGUACAAACACCACAACCCUGGUGCCUCGGCUCAGCCAUGCUGCGUACCCGCAAUCCUUGACCCUCUGCCAAUUCUUUAUUAUGUGGGAAGGCAACACAAGGUGGAGCAAUUGUCCAACAUGGUGGUGAAGAACUGCAAGUGCAGUUAAGAGCUCAUCUGACUACAAUACACUACCUUCAGAAAGUGCUCCAUGGCUCUAUUUCUCUCUGGGAAUGAUAAGUAAGCCAACACACAGGAAAAUGGACAUACGUAAUAUCUCAAUGGACGGAAACAUUGUCAAAAAAAAGGAGAAAUGAUGAGAGGUGGACUAAAUCAGAGGGAAUAGGAUGUAGAAAAGGAUACAAAUCUCUUUGAAAAUGCUUGCACAAUAUCACACAAAGACAUUCUGUUACAGCAUUUGACCAAACAAGCUCGAUAUUAAACCAAAUAUAUGCUUCUGAUAUCUUUAUAAUGUGUAUAUUUACAUUAUUAAUUCCGUUAAUUUAUUACGCUCGUCACAUUGAUUGCACCACGAAAGCCGCCUAGUAGCAUCGCAUGCCAAAUGUAAAAUGAAGAUUUCUAAUGGUGCUGUAUUGAUCAAGGAAGGCAUGCCAAAGAAACUAAUACCAUGUGUCAAUUGAUGGUAAACGCAGAUUAAAAAGAAAUGUAUGCACUAAACAAUGGAGGUGAAGGCUCAUGGCAAACAGUAUGAGACUUAUGUCUACAAAGGCAAGGGCACUAGAAUAUGUAUUCAUGAAAUUCUUUGUUUUUAAGUGCAGGACUGGUUGUUGUGAAACCCGAUGGAUCACAUGCAAACAUGUUUUUGUAAUCGGUCUGAGAAAACGAGUAAUAUGCUCACAAACUAUAUGUUGCACACUAUUCAAGUGUUACAAGAAGACACAUUUCAAAGCUGCCUAUUUAGGGUCUGUUCAUUUAAAGAAAUGUUUUUAAAAAUUUGACUUGAUAAAACUGUGUUGAUCAAUCAGAAAGAUGUGUUCAGGUCAUGUUUUAUUAAAAAUAAUAAUAAACUGAAUUUUAUUUUAGGGCAAUUAAAGGGGUCCUAUUAUGCCCCUUUUUACAAGAUGUAAAAUAAGUCUCUGAUGUUCCUAGAUUGUGUGUGUGUGAAGUUUCAGCUUAAAAUAGCACAUUAAUAAUGUGUUAUAACUCUCUGAAACUGACCCAUUUAGGCUUUGAUCCUAAUUGUGUCAUUUUGGUGACUGUCGCUUUAAAUUGAAAUGAGAUUGUGGUGUUUUUAAAAGAGGGCGGAGCUACAGAUGUCUAUGUGUCAGCAUCGUGGCAGAUUUCAAAACAAGACUAACGCCCUAUGCUAAUGAGGGAGAGGUGGUUACUAGUGGGCGGGGCUUUUCCCCUCUGAUGACACGUACAAAGGGAGAAUGUCAAUCAAAGUGUUUCUGCAGACCGUUUCUAUCAAGUCUGAUUAUAAACAAUUCAAUUAAUACAUUUUUACUAUUAGAGGCUGGUUAUAUUCACACACUGCUGACACACAACUGUGUUUAAUGUCUUCGUAAAAGUGAUUUUCGCAUAAUAGGUGCCCUUUAAUAUUGUUUUGAAAUUCAAUCAGUUUUAAAAUUGACUGCAUUUUGUUCUGUAAUGCAGCUAAUCGAUCGAUUAUUACAGUUUUCGAUACUUGCGUGAAAGUAUUUCACACAGUAUGUGAUCAAAAGAAAUUAUGAUCAUAUAAAUAGUGUUUAUCUUAUGAACACAACGUCCACACACACACACACAAACAAAAACAUGGUCCUAAAAAUGUUGGGUUUUUAUUUUUAUUUAAAUGUAUAUUUUUUUCUCUCACGGUUUUGAGGUGAAAUUUAAUAUUUUUUUUACGUACAGUACGUGUGCAUAUUGCUGUGUUUGUGUUGGUGAGAAAGUUUGAGUUGGUAAAGAAAUGUUUCUUGCAAAAUGUAUGUCUGUCUUUCGGUUUUGAGGUGAAAUUUGACUGAUGUGACUUUUUUUUUUCAUGUAUGUGUAAGUUUGUAUAUUGCUGUAAUUGUGUUGGUGAGAAAGUUUGAGUUAGUAAAGACAUUAUUGUGUCUGUA